AUGGUCUCAAACUCGAACUUUGACGAGGAUCAAUGGGUUAUUCAAAUUCGUCGAACCCUAGACGAUGAGCUCGAAGACGGCACUGAAAUCCCUGUCAGCAUCUUCAAUGUCCCCAAAACCCUAAUGGUUUGUGAUCCGGAUUGUUACAUACCACAAGAAGUAGCAUUAGGCCCUUACCACUACUGGCGUCCUGAGUUGUAUGAGAUGCAAAGAUACAAGCUUGUUGCAGCUAAAACAACACAAAAGCAGCUUCAAAACAUCAAGUUUCACCACCUAGUCGACCAACUAAUGAAGUCCGAGGCGAUGAUUCGAGCUUCAUACCAUAAGUACCUGGAUAUCAACGGUGAAACCUUGGCUUGGAUGAUGGCCGUUGAUGCAUCAUUCUUGCUUGAGUUCCUUCAAACCUAUACUAUCAAGGAAGGUAAAGCGUGCAUGCUAACAAGAGUUUCAUCGAGUAUGUCACAUUUGCUUGAUAUUGAAAGGAGGAAAUCAGCACAUAAUGCCAUUCUUAGAGAUAUGGUGAUGCUUGAGAAUCAAAUCCCACUAUUUCUGCUAAGGAAGAUGUUGGAAUUUCGAUGUUCGUCAUUAGACUUGGCUGAUCAAAUGUUGCUCUCCAUGUUAAUGGGGUUCUGUAAAGAGCUUUCUCCGUUUAAGAUGAUCAAACAAUUGCCUAAUUUUGAUCAAGUUACGAAUUGUGCACACUUGCUAGACCUUCUAUACCGUGUGAUCGUGCCAAAAUGGGAACAAGAAGUCGAUGUUAACACUGUUGAAGUUGAUGAUCAAACGGAAGUUAAAGAGAGCAACGAAAGAUCCUUUGGGAAGUCAGUUUAUGUCAGACAACUUCUCGAUGAGGUUUGGAAGCUCCUUUCGAAUCUAAACGCUGGGCCGAUACCUUUUCUCAAAAGGGUAUUAUUUUCAGAACCUGCAGAAGUCAUAUCGAAGUUGCCCUUGAAUAUCAUCUCUGAGCUUCCUGGAUUUAAACUUUUGAAAAAACCCAUUGGAUGCUUAUUCUCCCCCAAGGACCAAGAAGAAGACAACCCCGAAGAUCAAAAUUCUUUGAACAACACCAUUAACAAACCUCCACUAGUGGAGGAAAUCUCAAUCCCUUCUGUUACUGAACUCUUGAAAGCCGGUGUAUCUUUCAUACCCAGUAGUAAUGACAACAUCUGCUCCAUUAGUUUCGAUGUUAAAACAGCUACAUUGUAUCUCCCUACUGUUAGUCUAGAGCUAAAUACAGAAGUGGUCUUGAGAAACCUAGUAGCAUAUGAGGCAUGCAAUGCAUUAGGGCCAUUGGUUUUUGCUCGUUACACUGAAUUGAUGAAUGGGAUUAUCGAUACCGAAGAGGAUGUGAGAUUACUUAGAGAAAAAGGGAUUAUUUUGAACCGUUUGAAGAGUGAUAAAGAGGUGGCCAACCUAUGGAAUGGGAUGAACAAGUCUGUUAGGUUGACUAAAGUGCCCUUCUUAGACAAAGUGAUUGAAGACACCAACAAGUAUUACAAUGGGAAGUGGAAGGUCAAGGUGGGAAAGUUCAUGAAGCUUUACGUGUUUGGCUCAUGGCAGUGUCUUACAUUUUUGGCAUCUAUUUUGCUCUUGUUGUUGACCACUUUCCAAGCCUUUUGCUCAGUGUACAACUGUUCUCGUUUAUUUCAUGUCAAGAGCAUUUUGUGAUUCAAUGAGAGUCUAUCUCUAUCAUAGGCGAUGGAGGUUUUGAUUGGUCCAUAGUUUAGGUAUAUAUGCUUGCAAUUAAUUUGAAUAUCUUUUAUAAAUUAAUUUUUGUAUAAGAUUUUCAAUGUAACAAUUGAAUCAGUUGUAUUUCUUUUAU